GAAGCUUCCGGUGCCACGUAAGAAGCCAUAUUGGUUGUAAAGCUAAUAGCGACUGCUUUAGCAACAAGAAUUACACCAAGUUUCCUAGAUAUGGGAGGAUCAGUCAGCACCGAAAUACCUGGGGGUGGUACGGAGGGAUACCAUGUGCUACGCGUACAAGAUGCAUCCCCAGGUCACAUUGCUGGAUUAGAAGCUUUCUUUGACUUUAUUAUUGCUAUUGGUAACACAAGGCUUAGCCAAGAUAAUGACACAUUAAAAGAGUUGUUGAAAGCUAACAUAGAGAAACCAGUAAAGAUGGCUGUUUACAGUAGUAAAACACAAGAUGUAAGGGAGGUAACCAUUACACCAAGUCAUAAUUGGGGUGGACAAGGAUUACUGGGUGUUAGUAUAAGAUUCUGUUCAUUUGAGGGUGCUAAUGAAAAUGUUUGGCAUAUAUUGGACAUUGAGCCAAAUUCUCCAGCUGAUUUAGCAGGUUUAAAAUCAAACAGUGAUUAUGUUAUUGGUGCCGAUUCAGUGCUACAUGAGUCUGAAGAUCUAUUUACAUUGAUAGAAUCACACGAAGGGAAACCUUUAAAACUAUAUGUUUAUAACAGUGAUACUGAUAGCUGUAGAGAGAUAACAAUAACACCUAAUGGUGCUUGGGGAGGUCAAGGAAGUCUUGGGUGUAAUAUUGGUUAUGGAUAUUUACAUCGUAUUCCUAAACGUCAAUUUCCAUCCAACCUUCCGACACCAACUAAACAACCUAAUUCUCAGUUACCAACAAAAACACAAGAUGGUUUCUCAGAGGUCUCUCUUGGUGGAUCUUCUGGUAAUAUAACUCAAAAUCUAACUAAUUUGUCUUUAAAUACAGGAACUCCAACUAUUCCCGUAUUGCCGACAUCAGUUGGUGUGCCUGUACCUUCACCACCCGGUGGAGCUAAUCCUGUUUCCCUAACAACAAAUGUUUCACCUCUUAUCAACACAAGUUUACCCCCUCCAAUAAGUUUACCAAAUUUAGCAGAUGUACCUGGAAUGGCAUCAAUGCCACCUAUAUCUCUACCUGGCUUUCCCCCGAUUUCAAUGGCUCCUUUAACUUCAACAUCACCAGGUGUUUUGUCAUCUUUACCACCAAUGACAAUGCCAGCUCCAGCACCGUUACCGAAUUUAGCUGGUUUUCAACAAUUCAAUGCAUCUGGUGGAUCACCAUUGACGACUUCUACAGAACAAGUUACACCUGUAGCUAGUGCAGGCAGUACCACUCCUGUUGCCACAGCAACUAUGUCAUAGAAUAUUUAAUUUAUGUGUGAUUGACAAUUCUGGGUGAAAGGUGCUGAUUUUAGGAAGGCUGUUUUUGGUGAAAUGUGACUGAAGAGACUGUUUUGUGAUGGGUUUUAAAAGACCUAUGAGGGGGGAAAACUGUUGGGAUAGAAAAUAGAAAAAAAAAACAUACCUGGUCUCACGAUAUCAGCUGCAUUUGUAUUCAAAUGAUUGUAUAUAUUCACAGAACUGCAUCCAACUUUUUCUCACAGAAAAUGACGAAAAAUCUAUAAUUUGGCUGACUUUGUUGUAAUUUAGUAGUUUAUAUUGACAUGUAAAGCAGAUUUUCAAAUAUCAAAACUUUUGGUUUUGUACACUAUAUUGGUAGCCAAGAAGAAAUUUUCAAUGUUGAAUACCAAAUAUCAUUUUAUUUUGUAUAAAGGAAGAUUAUUUUAAAAAUAUAACAGUGAUCUGAUAUUCAUAUUCUCUUUACACCAGUGAACAAAGUAUAGAAGUUAUAAAUUGUUAUAGAAAUGUAUACUCUAAUACAUGUACGAGAUGUUUUUUUAGAUGAUAUUGUAUACCCAUACUAUAUGUACUGUAAAACCACAUUAUACUUACGGUGCGGCAUUGACAAACCCUCUACAGUGGGGCUGGCCAAUCUUUUACAUACCAUGCGUUAAUUUGCUCACACAAAUUCAAAUGCACCAUAUAAAUCUUGACCAACAUACAUAAUUAGCAAACUGAAUUUUUCGAAGAGUACAAAGCUUAAAAUGUUCUUAAAGGACAAAUAAAGUCAGUGGCUCUACAGAAUCCAUUCAUCGGAUCCAAAAAAGGAUUUCUACAUAUAUCUUGGACAAUAAUAUUGACACUGAAACAGAUUCUGUUUGUUUUAGGCCGAUACCGUUAUGUUUCAUCCUUUAGAAAAUCACUAUUGUACAUAUUAUUAUGACUCAAAAGGAAAGAUAACAGAUGUUUGGUCCAUGUAUAUCUGUGCAUGAAAAUGUUCCUGAUAAUUAAUUGCUAUGGAAAUGUGAUAGUCGUAUGUUUGUAAAUCCUGAUAAUUAAUAUUCUUAUGAAAACAAUUAAUUCUAAUCAAUAUGGAUUUUAUUCACUUAAAUUAUAGUUCUAGAACAAGGCAUUGAUAUUAAAUACUUGUAUCACAUUACAUUAUGUCGGAGUAUUUUAUUCAUUGUUUAAGAUAAUUAAGUUAUAUAAUGUAAAAUAAUGUAUAACAAUGCAAUAAUCAUGUGUUAAAAUGGAUAUUACCUCAGGUUAAGAGCGUUGAGUUGUCUAAGAUACACACUAACACAAAUCUUAAGACUUUGCAUACUUGUUCCAUGUAUAAAAUAACCCACAGGACACAACAGUCAGACCGUUUGUUGUGUAAGAAUGGAGACACAAGCCUGUAGAAAAAAUCUAUUUGUAGCAAAGGAGAAGAUUUCCCCGACCUAGAUCAUUUGUUGAAUAAAUUAUGACGUUGUACACAUCGGUCCGCAGUAAAUUUAAUGGCUGCCUCCAGUAACAGUUUUACACUGGACCACCGUAUUCGAAAUGAGUCAUGUCACAAGAAGGAAUUCUAUCUAUGAUGCGAUUAUUCAGGUCUAUCAUCUAUCAUGACUGGAACAUCAUUGAGUUUCUUUUUUUCAUGAUUGAAGACUAGCAUUUUUGAAUGUAUCAAAUAAUUUUGAGUGAGACGGAGUAGUGCACUGCUGAAUUAAAUAUUUACUUUUUACAUCCGAAUUGUUGUAUUUUAAAACAUGUCGUGGACGUAUUCAAAGAAUUUACUGAAAAUUACAAAAUCUUGUUUGAAGGUAAAUAAUGAACAAGGAUUUUAAAAUACUUUGAGUAGAUAUGUUUUAACGUCAUUGGUGUCAAAAUGCCGAUUAUAACCUCUAAUUUUCAUCUGGGGGAGGGAUUAUCGAUAUCUCUUUUUAGCAUGAACUUAUAGAAUUUCAAAGAAAACUCAUCACUUUCCAUAAAUACCAGACAAGGUUUCUUGAACAUGUGCAUUUGGCAUUGUUCAUGCAAAAUUUGAUGAAAGUCCAUGCAGGCAUAACUGAGAAAAUUUGACUUUUGUUGUCCACCUUUUCUUAUUCUUUUUGGCCAAGUUUGGAACAUACUCAGUGUGCAUACUCAGCGCUCUUAAGAGUUGUCUUAGGCUUGUGUGUUAGGCAGUUCAGUCCAUUAGUGGUAGAAAUUGUGUACAUUAUUCUAUUUUAGUGAAUAGUAGCUGUCAUACAAAUCCGUCUAGCUGACAAAAGUGCAAUAACUUUUGAUGAAAGAGACAUUAAGGGAGAUAACUCUUAAUAUGAACACCAUUCACUAUUUAAAUUAACUUCGGUUUAUAGGGACAAUUCAUAAAAUGUAAGAUCUGAAUGAAUCUCAUUAUUGUAUUGUCAUCAUCAUUUAGGUAAGAAAUUAUAUUUUGUUAAGGAACAUUUGUUUCCUUAAAGAUUUAUGUCAUUUUGGCUUGUAAAGAUUUAAUUAUUGUAAAUACAUUAGUUUGACUAGGGCAAUUUUUUUUUCUGUUCUUUAAAUAAAUGCAUGACAAUAGGAAAGACAAUUCUUAUCAUCUCAAUAGAUGAAGUACAGCUUUGACCAUUAAAUUUCUCAAUUUCAUGUUUGGCAUUUAUCUUAAUAUUGUCAGUGACAUCCCUGUGUUUAAUAUGGGGAAAAUUUGCAUCAUAGAUUGUAUUAAUUUCAAUUCAGUAGUUAUUUGUAUUAAACCUAAAAAAUUUGUCUACAAUAUCUUAGCUUUCGUGCAAAUCUUCUGCAUCGGUAGGAAUAUCAUUGCAAAAGUUAGCCACAGACUGUUGAAAGGCAUAGACAAUGUGUUGUUUAGAGUGAAGAUGACACACGAUCAAAUAAACCAGCCUGAAUAAAUACCAAAAUUUAAUUCAUAUUAUAUAAAGCAUCCAUUAAAAUCUACUUAUAGAUUCCAUCUUAAUAAAUCUGACUUUCAAACAGUUUCAGUGCUUUAAGAUAUUGUUACUUUGAUUUCUUGUAAUUGUUUUUUUUUUCUGUAUUUGUUAUUGUUUAAGUUUGCAUUUUAUUCAAAUCACUUUAAACCAUGUUCUGUUGUGAAAAUUGUUCCAAAGUGGUUCUUGUAGAUGGCAAGAUGUAAAUGUUAUCAAAAUGUCUGUUUUAAACUUAUACAACUAUUGAUUCAGUCAGUGUUGUGGGAAAGAUGCUAGGCUGGAGAUGACAAGGCUUGAGACAGAUUGGCUGAAAAUAAUAUUAACAAGAUGAAAGUUUUAUCAUGGGUACAAUUAGCCCGAAAAUAAGACAUCACAUCAAUUCAAGAUUAUCUUUUUUCUAGAGGAAUCUGGUUUCAAAAUGCUAAUAUGAAGGUCACUUCUGAGACCGACUUUGCUUUGUCAUGUUGACUGACCCAAUUGGGUACUUCCUAUAGUAUAUUUACAAGUUUUGGAUAGACAAAUGAUUUCGACUUAUCAGUUAAGCUUGUAUAAUGAUGUCAAACUAAUGCAACACUUAUAUCUUAUAUCUUAAUGUAUAUUUAUGAAAAUGUAAUACUAUUUAAGAACUCAUAAAUUUGGGAAUUUUUUCAUU